GCUGCGUUGGUAAGAGAUAGAAUUCAUCCAUCACAUAUACAAACCCUAGCUCAAGAAACCCUAAAAUCGUUCGCCUGAAGACGACGUAAUCAUGUCGCACUUUGGAAGAGCAGGCCCGCCGGACAUCAGAGACACCUACUCGCUCCUCGUUCUCAACAUCACCUUCCGUACAACUGCUGAUGAUUUGUUCCCUCUUUUUGAUAAGUAUGGGAAGGUUGUUGAUGUUUUCAUCCCUAGGGAUCGAAGGACUGGCGAUUCACGGGGAUUUGCCUUUGUUCGAUAUAAGUAUGCUGAUGAGGCCCAGAAGGCAGUGGAGAAGCUUGAUGGAAGAGUUGUUGAUGGCAGAGAGAUAAUGGUUCAAUUUGCCAAAUACGGCCCCGAUGCUGAACGGAUUCAUAAAGGAAGGAUACUAGAACCAGCUGAAAAGUUGAAGGGAAGGUCAAGGAGCCGAAGUCCAAGGCCAAGUUCCAGGCAUAGAGAUGAUUAUAAGGACAAGGAUUACAGGCGGAGAAACCGUAGCAGAAGCAGGGACAGGUCUGAUCAUGAAAGGCAUCGAGGAAGGGACAGGGAACGCCACCGCAGUAGAAGUCGCAGCAGAAGUCCUGACUAUCGCAAAGAACGCAGGAGAGGAAGAUAUGACGAUGAGAAGGGGCGAAGUCGAUCUCCUAACAGAAGCAUUUCUCCUGCCCGUCGUAGUGGUAGCCCUCGAAGGAGCCCAUCUCCACGCAGAACGCCUCCUUCAAGGAGCAGGAGCCCUGUAGCACGCAUUGAAAAAGAGCGCUCAGCUACUCCAAAAAGUGUUUCACCACGUGGCAGAGCCGACUCUCGAAGCCCAUCGCCACAACGUUCUGAUGCUGAUGAAUGAAAUGGGAACUAGGCCAUGUCGAUAUUGCAUGUGUCGGCAUCAAUUGAAGAGCUUUGUUUCGUUUUGUGAUGAGUUGGAUGAAUUCUUGAACUCGUUUCCUCAUGCAUAUUUUUAAGGUUAACUUUUUUCUGUUGUACCCCUUGCAUAUGUGCUCUUCUAUGUUCGGCUGUUGAUUUUGCACUAUGGAUUUCUUGCUUGGUUUUAUGCCAUCUGAACCGUCUUCAAUUCUU